UCUCCGGACGUGGUUAAACGUGCUUUCGGUUGGUGCGCGCGCGCAAAAACUUCACGCUUACUUGAGUGCAGAGCCCGGCGAACUGAAACAACAACAGCCGGCAGUGCUAAAGCGCUGGCUGAAAGAAUUCUCUCCGAGGGAGUGCAACAGCACAGGCACAGUUUAAUUUGGAGUAAAAGUUACCUUCGCCCUCGCCAUGGUUCAGUGAGAAAAACCGUCACCUAAGGUUACAUGCAUAUUAUGUGUGCACAAGACCGGCAUCCGUAUUGUUGUUUCUAUGAGUGUGAAAAAAAACCCUUUGAAAUGGGAAGUGAUUUUAAUUUGAAAUGUUUGACGGCUUGCUGCCGUUUAUGGGGAAGUUGAGCUUUUUUGUUUUAUGUAUACGACCGUAUGCUGUUAUGAUAGCAGAUUCUGCGCUCGCGAGUGACUCACCAAAUUGAGCAACAACAUGCGCGAAUUUCAAACUACUUGUGUUUGUGUCUAGAUACCUUGGAAAUUGUGACUAUCGGAUUACUGUUGUGCUACGCUGUUUUUAGUUGACAUGCAGUUGAAGGAAUUCUUAUCCCGGCUGUAGUUUCGGAUAAAAUGAAACAGUAUCAACAAUGGAUGCCGUCGCAGUUCAUAUCGUCAAAAAAGCCACCUCUUCAAAUCUCCGAAAACUUGCCGUCAGAAAGCGAAAGGCAUCGUCCUAUAAAUUUCGCAGAGUGCGAUUAAAGUGGAUUCUCAACUAUGCCUCAUGCGUUCUUUCAUUGCUGUUGUAUAUUCCCAUUGUGUCGUGUAAUCGCCCCCCUCGAUUCUUGAUUGAUGGUCAUUCGGAAAUAGUGCUUAGGUUGAAGGAGGGUCCCGAUACGCCAGUCGGAACCCUGAUUUACAAAUUGAAAGGUUAUGAUCCGGAUGGUGACCCCUUGACAUUCGGAGUUCGCGAGGCAAUUGAUAGUGAUGUGAUUCGAGUUGAAAGAAGUGGAGUGAAUGAAGCUAAUGUCUAUUUGAAUAGUGAACUCGACCGAGAAACCAAAGAUGAGUACUCGUUGAUUCUUACGCUAAGUGACGGUCGGCUUGGUGAUUUUUCCGUUACCCAGAGUAUGCUGCUGCUAGUGGAAGACGUUAACGACAACGAACCGAUAUUCAAGCCAUACACAUCGGCUGUAGAAGUGCCGGAGAAUAGCAAACCUGGAAUUAUUGCUUCGGUGGAGGCAACCGACCGUGAUGAAGGAGCAUAUGGCCAGGUCGUUUACUACCUGGAAGAAUUAGAUGGCGAUAAUGAUGUGUUUACCAUAUCUACCACCUAUGGGAAAGGGAUUAUUCGAUUAAUUGGUUCGUUAGACUACGAAAGGAAAAGUUUAUACCAGCUGCGUGUCCUGGCAAAGGAUAGAGCCAAUCAGGGACGAACGAAUACAGGCACUGCCGCCUUACUAGUAAAAGUAAAGGACAUAGAAGAUCAACCACCGGAAUUUAUUAUAGCGUCUGCAGUUAUACGUGUGCCAGAAGAUGCUCCAAUAGGGACAACAGUUACACAAGUUAAAGCUAUCGACGGAGACCGUGGAAUUAAUAACCGCAUAAGGUAUUCGAUAGAUCAGAACACCAGCAGUCCAUUUAGGAUUGAUACAAAUCAAGGCACAAUUCUGACAACACAAAAACUUGAUCGGGAGGACGCUAGAAAUAGAGCCAACGCUGCGUACAUACUUGAAAUUGUAGCAACAGAACAAAAUUCCAAGAUAAAGCCAUCACCAUCGGUUAAAACGGAAGUAACUAUCAUCAUAACCGAUAUCAAUGAUGAAACUCCAACAUUCAGAAGUUACUCAUAUGAGAGUGAAAUCAAUGAAAAUGCACAAGAAAAUACUCCAGUGUCGUUUCUCGGGUUCGCCCGGAAUGAGGUUUUCGAUUACGAUCAAGGCCAUAAUGGAACAUUCGAUCUCUACUUAGAACCCAAUAAUGGUCUUUUCGAAAUAACACCCAGUAGAGCGGUGAACGAGGCCACAUUUGUUCUGCGUGUGAAAGAUCCAGUUUUACUAGACUACGAGAAAGUAAAAUCAAUGAAUUUCACUAUCCAUGCCAGAGAAAUCGCUCCGGAAGGAAAACAUAGCAUGGCAAUGAUCGUUGUCCAUAUCAGAGAUCAGAAUGAUAACUUCCCGGAGUUUUCAAAAGAUAUUUACGAGUGUUAUUUGCCGGAAAACAGCGGGGUAGGAGCAUUAUUGACACAGAUUCAGGCGGUUGACGUAGAUUCGGGUGAUUUUGGAACAAGUGGUAUUCGAUUCAUAAACUUAUCGGGCAGUAUAGCGAGCUUAUUGGCACUAAACCCAUUGACUGGAGUAAUAACUAUUAAAGCCCCUGGAGGGCAUGCACUUGAUCGUGAGCUAGUUCAGAAGCAUUAUCUCACUAUAGAGGCGCGAGAUAAUUUAGGGCGUGGGAACCGUAACUCUGUGCAGCUGGUUGUACACAUCCUUGACGUAAACGACAAUGCUCCAGUGUUUCUACAAAGCAUGUACGAGGCUCGUUUGAUGGAGAAUAAACUUUCUUUUGAGGCACCGCUUAUCGUGGAAGCAAGGGAUGCUGAUUUGAAUGGCACUAAAAACAGUGAAAUAAGAUACGACAUAAUUGAAGGACGAUUCAGAGAGAACUUUACUAUUGAUGAAAAAUCGGGCAAACUGAGACCCAUAACCCCCAUUGAUUUCGAAUCUCUCACCAGUGGAACAUUCAAUAUACGACCAAUUCAUUUAACCGUACUUGCUUCAGAUGGUGGGGUGCCAAUAUUAAGCACAAAAGUAUCAGUUACCAUACAUGUACAAGAUGUAAAUGAUCAUCCGCCGCAAUUUUUGCAUUCAACCUACAUGCAAUCAGUGCCAGAGAACUUGCCUAGUGGAAGUCCUAUUUUAGAGGUGAAGGCCAUAGACAAAGACGGAUCAUCACCAAAUAACUUCAUCGUCUAUCGAAUACAGAGUGGCGCGAGUGACAAGUUUGUAAUAAGCCCCGAUACCGGUGUUAUAUCCGUGGCCACUGGCGCUACCUUAGAUCCAGAUAUGACCGAUCCCAAGACUACAGAAUAUUCGCUCAGUGUGAUAGCCCUUGAUGGGGGAAUCGGGGAACAACAGCUCCAGAGCAUGUGCAAGGUAAAUAUAUCGAUCAAGGAUGUGAAUAACAAAGCCCCGUACUUCUUGGACCCAGGAACGAUAUCGAUCCGUGAAAAUACUCCUGUUGGGACGUAUGCGUAUCGACUGAUAGCUAACGAUCUCGACAGGGAGCCAAUUCUCCGCUACUACAUGGAUAGCAACACUUCAGAAGCGCGUUCGGAAGAAGGUGCACUCGUAAAAGUUACCGAAUACGACUAUUUAUCAGCGUUUAUGUUGAAUUCUACCGAUGGAUUGAUACGGGUAAUAAAAUUGCUCGACCGAGAAAAGGUGGAAGUAAUCAAGCUGGGAUUUAUCGUCGAGGAUAUCGCGGCUGAACUGGGAAAACAAACAGCGACAACAACGCUGACCAUCGUGGUGGAGGAUGAGAACGACAAUAAUCCAAAGUUCAGAAACUCGUUUUACAAGCGCUCCAUUCCGGAAAAUAGCCCCCAUGGUGUGACGAUUAUAAGUGUGGUCGCGUACGACAUGGACAAAAAUAAAACGAUUCAUUACGGCUUGGAAGGAUCUAAGGAAACAACUGAUCUGCUUCAUCUGGAUGCAGAGACGGGAGAAAUUGUCGUUGCCAAUAAAAUUGAUUACGAAGUGUUUCCAUGGCUAAAUUUCACUGUGAGAGCUACCGAUUCUGGCCACCCUCCAAGAUCGACGUUGGCUGAAGUGUUUAUUCAAGUGAUAGAUGAAAACGACAAUAAUCCAUACUUCCCAGUCGGUUCGACAAAUUUCACCGUAUAUGAAAACUCAAUGAUCGGAACGAGGAUUGCAACUAUAGAGGCCUAUGAUCCAGAUUCUGGAGCGUUCGGCAAAAUAACCUAUCUGAUAGAUAGGGUCAGUUCUAGUGGGAAAUUCUCCAUUGAUCCAGAUACAGGACUGCUGAUUGUGGCGGAUUUGUUGGACAGGGAAAAGCAGGAUUCUUACAUGCUAGUGAUUGAAGCAUGGGAUAAUUAUCAAUUCGGAUACUUAAGUGGUGAAAGUCGAAAUGCUUUCAAACAAAUAUUCAUUUCCGUUCUCGAUGAGAACGACAACGCUCCAAUCAUACAGGCACCAGACGGCUGUGUCCAAGUAACUGAGUUUCAUGACAUUCGCGAACCAUUACUGGCUCUGAAAGCCACUGAUGCUGACGACCCAAAAACAGGAAACGGCCUAAUUGGAUUUGAAAUCAUCGACGUUGCAGGCUCAGAUAUAUUUUUCCUUAAGCAGAAAGCUAUGGGAGUAGUAGAAAUUUAUUCUGGUCGGUCGUUGAAUAAUUUCUACGGAAACUAUUCAUUGCUCAUAAUGGCACAUGAUGAGGGAAAUCCACCGAAUACCGUUAACGAGAAAAUCGAUAUCUGUGUGUUGGAUUUCAACGACCAUGCUCCGGAGUUUGUUUCACCUCCCAAUAAUAUAACUAUCCGAAUACCAGAGAAUGCAACUGUUGGAACAACGAUCAUUCAAGUCAAAGCCAAGGACAAUGAUAUUGGACCGAAUGCAGCUGUAAAGUAUCGAUUCAAGCCUGAUCCCCUGGGAAGCUUCAGAUCAUUUUCAAUCGAUGAAGAUAACGGAUCUAUCAUGCUGAAAUUGCCUCUUGAUCGGGAACGCCAAAAAGUACAUGAGCUACGAGUGGAGGCUUAUGAUCAGGGUAUUCCUUCGCCACUGAGUUCCGACUUGGACCUCACUAUUUACGUCCGCAAUGUGAACGACUACGAGCCACAGUUUCUGGUUGAGGAAAUCACAGUCAACUUCACGGAGCAUGCCAGGCCUGGCUUGGAACGAAGGCAGCUACCAGACACAAUCGACAGAGAUGAAGUUGAUGAUCUGGAUGAUCCACCGUCCACUGUGUGCUACUUUAUUGUGCAUGGCAAUGAAAAUGGACAUUUUCAUUUGGAUCCUCAUUCACACGUAUUAACGGUCACAAAAGAGCUUGAUCGUGAAUCUAAAUCCAAUCACACGCUUAUUGUCAAAGCAACGGAGGAUUGCAUCAAUACUCCACCAAGCAUAAGCCUCAGCCGACCGGAAGCUGUCGCACUUCAGAGCCCAACAUCGUAUAAAAAUCAUCAAAGGACAGCAAAACCGACGACGGCAGUGGCAACCCAAUAUGUCAAUAUUUAUGAACGCUAUAAGAAGUCUCGCAGCCUUGAUACCCCACCAAGAGGUGAUAAUAACAGCGAGGAGAAAAACGUGGGAAGGAGACCCGAUGCUGCUGGGCCAACAUCUUCAUACGCUCAGAUGCCGCACUUCGAAAGAUAUACGGGGGAUAUAUUUUACCACAAUGACAACACGUUGGUCCGGGUGUUUGUCCACGUACAAGAUAUCAAUGAUAACUCGCCGGCGUUUGUACAGAAGAUUUUCACCGGUGGAGUCACCACCUCCACGGUGUUUGGCACUCAAUUCCUAAAGCUUACGGCUAUCGAUCCCGAUGACGGGCCACAUGGCCUGGUUAGUUACUAUCAAAUAGGGGUAAUAAAAAAAACUCUCACCGAAGGAUUGGAAAAUGUACAGAAGCCACCGUUUCUGGUAGACCGCCGAACUGGGGCAGUUCAAUUGAAUUUCGAUCCACAGAAGGGCAUGAAAGGGUAUUUUGAUUUCAAAGUUUUAGCCAACGACAGUGCUGGCCAUUCCGACGAGGCCCAUGUGUUCAUUUACCUGCUACGGGAGGAUCAAAAAGUAAAGUUCGUUCUUCGCCUGCAGCCCACCGAAGUGAGGGAGAAAAUUUUCACUUUCCGAGACGUGCUGAGCAACGUGAGUAGCAGUAUCGUGAACAUUGAUGACUUCCGCAUUCACGAGAAUCGAGACGGAUCCGUGGAUAAAACCAAGACUGACUUGUAUUUGCACUUGGUGAACCGGAUGGACAAUUCAAUUUUGGAGGUUUCAGACGUUCUGAAAAUAGUGGAUCAAAACAUCGAAAAGUUAGAUGAACUGUUCAAGGAAUUCAAUGUGCUCGAUACACAAGCUUCGGAAGCAUCUUUUUUCGUGGCCGAAUUAUCCGGCGCAUCAAUGCUGAUAUGGCUAUUUGUGUCUAAUUUGUUUAUCGGAGCGCUACUCAUUGUCGUGCUUGGGCUCUGUGCUUCCCAGCGUGCAAGCUACAGGCGCCAAUUGCGGGCCGCUCGUGUCGCCAAUUACGCAGCAGCUCACUCGGAUUUGGUGACCCGAGGUGUAAUCAACUCUGUGCCUAAUACCAACAAGCAUAGUGUCGAAGGAAGUAACCCAAUUUGGAUGAAGGCAUAUGAAAACGAGUGGUUUAAAAAUGAUGACGACAUCACUAAAAACAUUUCCGGACCCGAAUCCAUGGACGAGAACAUCAUCAACUCGGAUGAUUACGUAUCAAAAAUGUACAACACGGAUAGGUAUGAUAUUGUGAAGCAGUACAAUUUGUAUUCACAGAUUGAUAAAUUAACGAAUGGAAACAUACUCACCAAAAAACUGGAAACAACGGAGCUUUAAUUUAUAUGAAGAGAAAUAAAAACUUGUUAAAAUCA